AUGGGAAAGAUUUCAGUUAGUGAUACCAAGGGUAAACAACGUCAUAAUCCAUUGUUGAAAGAUAUUUCAUCACAAGGGGGAAAUUUAAGAACAACACCAAGAUCAUCAACUAAAUCCCAAUCAUCAAAAAAGAAAAAUAGUCGUAGAACCAACAAUAAUGAUGAUGACGAAGAAGGUGAAGGAUUUUUAGAUGCUUCCAGUUCUAGAAAAAUCUUACAAUUAGCUAAAGAACAACAAGAUGAACUUAAAGAAGAAGAGGAAGGUAUUACAAAGCCUACUUUUGCUCAAUCAUUUAAAAACCAAGAAGUUGUCAGUGAUGAUGAGGAAGAAGAGGAAAGAGAAUAUUCUGAUUUCGAAGUAGAAGAAGAAGAGGAAGAAGUUGUAUACGAUGAAGAAGAGAUUGAAGUUGAUGAAAAAGAUGCCGAAUUAUUUAAUAAGUAUUUCCAAUCAAACGGUGAAUCCAUGUCUCAGGGACAGAGUAUAAAUUUGGCAGAUAAAAUCUUAGCCAAAAUUCAAGAAAAAGAACUUCAACAACAACAACAAGAAAGUGGUAAACCAGUUGAAGAUGCUGUUUUACUUCCACCAAAAGUUAUCUUAGCAUAUGAGAAAAUUGGACAAAUAUUAGCCACUUAUACCCAUGGUAAAUUACCUAAAUUGUUUAAAAUUUUACCAAGUUUGAAAAACUGGGAAGAUGUGUUGUAUGUUACUAAUCCAGAACAGUGGACUCCUCAUGCCACUUAUGAAGCUACAAAAUUAUUUGUUUCUAACUUACAAGCCAACGAAGCUCAGAAGUUUAUUGAAAAGGUAUUGUUAGAGAAAUUCAGAUCCUCCAUUGAAGAUUCCGACGAUCAUUCCUUGAAUUAUCAUAUUUACAGAGCAUUAAAGAAAUCCCUAUAUAAACCAGGGGCUUUCUUCAAAGGGUUCUUGUUGCCAUUGGUUGAUGGAUAUUGUACUGUUCGUGAAGCCACCAUUGCUGCUUCUGUAUUAACCAAAGUUUCUGUUCCUGUUUUACAUUCAUCAGUUGCAUUAACUCAAUUGUUACAAAGAGAUUUCAGUCCUGCUACUACUGUAUUUAUCAGAGUUUUAAUUGAAAAGAAGUACGCUUUACCAUAUCAAACAUUAGAUGAAUUGGUGUUUUAUUUUAUGAGAUUCAGAAAUGCUGCUCAAGAGCAUAUGGAUUUAGAUAAUGAGAAAGAAGCUCCUCAAUUACCUGUUGUUUGGCAUAAAGCAUUUUUGGCAUUUGCACAACGUUACAAGAAUGAUAUUACUGAUGAUCAAAGAGAUUUCUUAUUGGAAACUGUCAGACAAAGGUUCCAUCAUUCUAUUGGUCCAGAAAUACGAAGAGAAUUAUUAGCUGGUAAACCAAGAUUAACUGAAAAUUCAACUAAAGAAGAUGGUAUAAUGAUAGAUGCUUUUUGA